AAAAGCAGGGUCCAGAGCGGAAGAGGAUUAAAAAGGAGCCCGCCACCAGAAAGCCUGGCUUGCUCUUCGGAAUGGGCCUUUCGGGGAUCCGGGCAGGCUACCCGCUCUCCGAGCGCCAGCAAGUCGCUCUCCUUAUGCAGAUGACAGCAGAAGAGUCUGCGAACAGCCCAGUUGACACAACACCAAAGCAUCCCUCUCAGUCUACAGUUUGUCAGAAGGGAACUCCUAACUCUGCCUCCAAAACCAAAGAUAAAGUAAAUAAGAGAAACGAGCGAGGAGAGACUCGGCUGCAUCGAGCUGCCAUCCGAGGAGAUGCCCGGCGCAUCAAGGAGCUCAUUAUCGAGGGUGCAGAUGUCAAUGUGAAGGACUUUGCAGGCUGGACGGCGUUGCACGAGGCGUGCAACCGGGGCUACUACGAUGUGGCGAAGCAGUUGCUCGCCGCGGGCGCCGAAGUCAACACGAAGGGGUUGGACGACGACACCCCGCUGCACGACGCGGCCAAUAACGGGCACUUCAAGGUGGUGAAAUUGUUGUUACAUUAUGGAGGGAAUCCUCAUCAAAGCAACAGGAAGGGCGAGACACCUUUAAAAGUAGCUAACUCUCCCACCAUGGUGAAUCUGCUCCUGGGAAAGACCACGUACCCCUCUAGCGAAGAGAGCUCAACAGAGACCUCAGAAGAGGAGGACGCCCCUUCCUUCGCUCCCUCCAGCUCUGUUGAUGGCAAUAACACAGACUCCGAGUUCGAGAAGGGUUUGAAGCACAAGCCCAAGGCCCAGGAGCCCCCCAAAACCAUCACCCCGGUGAAGGAUGAGUAUGAAUUUGAUGAGGACGAUGAGCAGGACCGGGUCCCGCCAGUCGAUGACAAACAUUUGCUGAAAAAGGAUUACAGAAAAGAGACUAAAGCGAACAGUUUCAUUUCCAUACCCAAAAUGGAAGUGAAAACUUAUACUAAAAAUAACACAAUUACACCAAAGAAAGCUGCCCACCGCAUCCUGUCGGACAGCUCGGAUGAGGAGGAGACCAGCGUCGCUGUGGGGACGGGGGAGAAGCUGCGACUUUCGACCCACUCGAUAUUGCCCAGCAGCAAGAUUCGGGAGCCCCCCAGCACGAAGCCGCAGAAGGAGAAAAGCAAAGUAAAAAAGAAGCGGAAGAAGGAGACGAAAAGCAAAGAGGUUCGGUUUGGCAAAAAAAAUGACAAAUUUUGUUCCUCUGAAUCAGAGAGUGAAAACGUGGAGAGUGAGGAGGAUGACAGAGACUCUCUUCAGAGCUCUAGCUGUGUAAAGGACUCCAGGCUAGUGCUAAAGGAAUCCUCCUUGUUUAACUCUCUCUCUGCCUCAUCGACCUCUUCUCAUGGGAGUUUAGCGUCCCAGAAACAUAAUCCUAAUCUUACAGAGCAGCACUCCAAGCACUGGAGGACGGACAAUUGGAAAACCAUAUCUUCUCCAGCUUGGUCAGACGUCAGUUCCUUAUCGGACUCCACCAGGACGAGACUGACGAGCGAGUCAGACUACUCGUCCGAGGACUCGAGCUUAGAGUCGCUAAAGCCAGUCAGGAAGAAACCAGAGCACAAAAAGAAAAACACCCCACACAACACUGUUUCUGAGAAAAAGAAUUCAUUCCAUAGCAAUGUGGAUGGAGCAAUUCCAAAGCUGGACAAGGAGGGGAAGGUUGUUAAAAAGCAUAAAACAAAACACAAACAUAAAAACAAGGAGAAGGGGCAGUGUCCCAUCAGCCAAGACAUUAAAAUAAUCAAAACGUUUUCUUUUGAGUUUGAGGACUCUAAACAAAAGCCUGAGAAAGGCUUGAUAGUAGAGACAGAAAAUCCAGUCGAAAACAAAUUGAAAGUGUUAAAGCACGAGCGAGACCACAGCAAGAAGGAGGAAAAACUCCCCAAAAGUAAAGGGGAGGAGAAGGAGUGGUUGUUUAAAGAUGAGACUGGAAAAUCCUCAAAAGAGGAGAAAUCAUUAAGAAAAGUCAAAGAUGGCAGUAAAGACAUGAGCAAAUCCUUCAGAGAAGGAUUAAGUAAAUCAGAAAAGGAGAAACCUGUAAAGGAGAAGUCUCCCAAAGAGGAGAAGCCAAGAAUACACAAGGAGGAGAGAAAGAAGAAGUCAAAGGACAAGCAGUCAAAAUCUGAAAAGAAGAACGAGCUGAAGGAGGAGAAGGCUUCUAAGCUAGACAAGGAGAAAUCCUUCAAGGAGGAGAAAGAAAAAUGCAAAAAAGAAAAACUCUACCGGGAUGAGUCUGGGUUUGAUGAGUUUAAUAACAAAAACCAAUUUCCCGAAAGCGAGGACACGAAGUUCAGCCUUUCAGAUGAUCAGCAAGAGAGGUGGUUUUCCGACUUGUCUUCGGAUUCGUCCUUCGAUUUCAAAGGGGAGGAUAGCUGGGAUUCUCCGGUAACAGAUUUCAGGGAGAUUAAAAAUGACACCGUGGCAAAACUAAUCAUAGAACCCGUGAAAGAGGAAAUUAAAGACAAGAAGAAGGAAAACAAAACGAAAGAGAAGAAGGACUACAACGAGAAGCGUAACGAGAAGGACACUUUCUUGAAGAAGAAAGAGCGGGACUAUGUGGACAAAAGCUCCGAGAAGAAAAAGGACCAAACGGACAGACACAAAGUUACCCCUGGUUAUUUGCCUGAAAAGGAUAAGAAAAGGAAGGAUUCUGCCGAGAGCGUCAAGGAGAGGAAAGAAAAAGAUAGCGGUGAAACCAACAAGGACAGGAAAGAUUCCUCUGAUGGCUCUAAAGAUCGAAAAGAACCCAAAACGAAGCAGGAGGAGCCCUAUCGAGAUGACUUUAAAGAAUACGGCUGCGAAACGUUCUUCAAGGAUAAAUCUGACCCCGAAUUCAGUGGGAAAACGCUGGAGAGUUGGGAAAGGCACCAUUCUGGGAAGGAAAAGGAGAAGAAAGACGCUCCUGAUAAAGAAAAAAAAGAAAAGGUGAAGCCGGAAAAAUACAAGGAAAAAUCCAAAGAAGGCGACAAGGAGAAAAAUGAAAAAGUCGCUCCUGAGAAAAUCCUGAAAGACAAAGAACUGGACAAGAGUUUCAAAGAGAAAAAAGACACGAAAGAGAAGUACAAAGACCUGCACAGCAAAGACAAGGAAAGGAAGAGUUCAUUCGACCAGGUUAAGGAGAAGAAAGAGAAAAACUUCUCGGCGGAUCGAGAGGACUUCUCCGAGAAAAAGGAUGAGAAGAAAGGCAAGGAGAAAAGCUGGUACAGCAUUGCGGACAUCUUCACAGACGAAAGCGAAGACGAGCGGGAUGAUUACAGCUUGACUGGGUUCAAGGUCGGCGACUCUGCUGGGAGUGAAAUGCAUCGUCUGGACAGCCUGCAGGAGAAGGACGACGGCGCAGCGGCUGAGAAGGAGCUGUACCCCGACAAGCACCGCAAGUACUCCUCCGACCGGCAGCAUUCGGGAGAGAAGCAGAAAGAGAAGGACUCCAAGGAGAAGAAAAAGGACAAGGGAACAUCGGAAGGGGGAAAAGAGAAGAAGGAGAAGAGUUCCUUUGAAAAGCACAAGGAGAAGAAAGAAAAAGACUCUGCCGAGAAGUACAAGGACAGGAAAGACAGAACGUCCAUAGAUUCCACUCAGGAGAAGAAAAACAAGCAAAAGCUCCCGGAAAAGGUUGAAAAGAAACACGCCAGUGACGACAAGGUGAAAAGCAAGCAUAAGGAGAAGCCCGAGAAAGAGCAUUCCAAAGAGAAGAAGUCUUCAAAAGGAGGGGAGUCGGAGAAGAGCCUGCUGGAGAAACUGGAGGAGGAGGCUCUGAAUGACUAUAGAGAUGACUCCAAUGACAAAAUCAGCGAGAUCUCUUCCGACAGCUUCACAGAUAGAGGGCAAGACCCAGGACUGACCAGCCUCUUUGAGUCUUCUAACCUCUCGCUCGCCGAUGCCGCUGAAGAAAAGUUCAAGGACUCUCUCCCUUUACCCUGCUUGCAGGACAAACUCAAGGAGAAGGAGAGACACAGACAUUCCUCAUCUUCGUCAAAGAAGAGUCAUGAGAAAGAGAAGGCAAAGAAGGAGAAGACAGAGAAAAAGGAGAAGGCGGAAGAAUUCAAAGACUCCAGCAGCAGAAAGGAUUCCACUCAUUACGAAAAAGAUUUCUCUGUGGACGGGGAGGCUUUCAGCGCUUCCUACAACAUGAAGGCAGAGCCUGAUGAGGAACCAGAGAAAAGCGUUGAUUACUUAUUUUCUGAAAAGAAAGAUAAAAAUGAUUCUGAAAGAGAGCUGUCAAAGAAGGCGGAAAAAGAAAAGACUUACAGUUCCAGCACCAUCAGCACAGUUAAAGAGAAAAAGAAGCGAGAUAAACACAAGGAAAAAUGGAAGGAGGAAAAGGAAAAGCACAGAGACAAACAUGCAGAUGGUUUCUUCAAACACCACAAAGACGAGCCAAAGUCAACGCUGAAAGACAAGGACAGCCCUCAAGUGACCACCUUUAAAGACAAAUCAAAGGAGGACAACCUCAAAUUCGGUGAGACCAAACUGAAGGAGAAGCUGAAGGAGAACCAGGAGAAAGACAAAUCGGAGUCGAUCAAAAUAAGCAAUGGGAACGAAAAAAUAACCCUUUCCAAAGACACUGGCAAGAAAGACGCCAGGCCAAGGGAGAAACUCCUGGGAGACGGUGAUUUGAUGAUGACCAGCUUUGAGAGGAUGCUGAGCCAGAAAGACCUGGAAAUCGAGGAGCGCCACAAAAGGCACAAAGAGAGAAUGAAGCAAAUGGAGAAAAUGAGGCACAGGUCCGGAGACCCCAAAUUGAAGGACAAACUUAAAAGCUCGGAGGAGGUGCGCAAGAGGAGCCUGGAUCUGGCAGCGAAGAAGCCCUUAACGCUGGAUACUCAGCUCAAGGACAAGAAACUUAAAGAGCUGGGUCCGCUGACUCCUAUCCUGUCACCCGAAAACAAGGCACAGCCUGCUGUUGGGGCGGACUCCAAGGACUGGAUCACGGGUCCUCAGCUGAAGGAGAUCCUCCCGGCGUCUCCCAGGCCGGAUCAGAACAGGCCGACGGGAGUCCCGACCCCGGCGUCUGUCGUCUCGUGUCCAAGCUACGAGGAGGUGAUGCAGACGCCCAGGACUCCUUCCUGCAGCAACGAAGACUACACGGACCUGAUGUUCGAGUGCGCAGACUCGCAGCACUCGCUGCCCAUCUCCACGAUGUCCAUGAACGCCUGUUCCCCGUCCUUCUUCGACAGAUACGCCAACGUUUCCGGCGGGCUCCCCGAGAAUCCCAGUCAGACCCCGACUCGUACCAUACCCUCCACGAACCUCUAUCGUUCCAUCUCCGUUGACAUCAGAAGGGCGCCCGAAGAAGAGUUCAGCGUCGGAGAUAAAUUCUUCAGGCAGCAAAGCGUCCCGGCGACAUCAAAUUACGACUCUCCAGUGCAGCAUCUAAUGGAGGAGAAGGUUCCCCUUCCCUCUGUUUUUUUGUUCCAGUGUUUGUCACCUGGGUAUUACUCACCAGAUUACGGGGUUUCGUCACCGAAGGUGGAAGCUUUGCACUGUGCGCCGGGAGCCGUCAGCGGCGUCGCCCAGUCCCCUGAAAGUGUCUUUUCUGGUUUACAAGCGAAAUCCUCCCCUUCGCACCGAGAUGAGUUGCUGGCUCCUUCGGUGGAAAGUGCUCUUCCCCCCGACCUCGGCAUGCCCUUGGACACCACGGAAGAGCAGCAAGCCACCGCCUCCAUUAUGCCGCCAGAACCUACCUACUUGCCGCCGAUUGAAGAAAACCAUUUUAGCUCGGCGAUGCCAGAGCAAAACAACAUAGACUGGGAUAACCCUCCUUCCAGAAACCCCGACACCGCCAUUCCUCCCAGCCUGAUGGGGAACCCAGCAGAGCACUCUGUCAGCUGGUCCAUGGGCUCAGAGCUUCUGAUGAAAUCUCCCCAGAGGUUUUCCGAGUCCCCUAAACCUCCGCUCUGCUCCCUAGAGCCGAUUCACCCUGCGCCGGUAGCCUUCAUCCCCACAGACACUUCCUACCCCGUUUCUCCCAUAUCUUACCCUCUGUCAGUGUCCGAACCGGGGCUCGAUGAAGUCAAGGAGGACGCCGAGGAAGCGGUUCCAGGAGAGAUAGCGAAUGCCGAAGAGCAAGCUCCGUACAUGUCCCCCACGAGGUUAGACACGUUCUUCAAUAACUGCAAGCCUCUUCCAGAAGAAGCACCUGAGAUACCUCCAGAGCCCCCGUGUAUGCCAGCAGAACCUCAGGCAGAAGCCGUCAGCGCGCCCGAAAACAGCUACUUGGAAAACAGCAGCGCUGCGCCUGCGAAUGCAGAGGAGGCGGUGACGUGGCCUGAUCCCUUCACCAACACAGAGGAUGACUUGGACCUCGGCCCCUUCUCG